GUGCUGCACGGAGCUACGGCCUUCAGUUUCCCCUUCCUUACCCAGGUUACACACAAAAUGGAUUCCCAGCGGGAACUCGCAGAGGAACUGCGGCUUUACCAAUCCACCCUUCUUCAGGAUGGUCUAAAAGAUCUCCUGGAUGAGAAAAAAUUCGUCGAUUGCACCCUAAAAGCAGGUGACAAAAGUCUUCCUUGCCACCGACUGAUUUUGUCAGCUUGUAGCCCUUAUUUCCGUGAGUAUUUCUUAUCUGAAAUUGAUGAGGAGAAAAAAAAGGAGGUAGUACUAGAUAAUGUGGACCCUGCCAUACUGGAUUUAAUCAUCAAAUACCUUUAUUCAGCCAGUAUUGAUCUCAAUGAUACAAAUGUGCAAGAUAUUUUUGCCUUGGCUAGCCGCUUUCAGAUCCCCUCAGUGUUCACUGUCUGCGUUUCCUAUCUUCAGAAAAGACUUGCUCCUGGUAACUGUCUAGCCAUCCUGAGAUUAGGUCUUCUUCUUGACUGCCCAAGACUUGCGAUAUCUGCUCGUGAAUUUGUAUCUGACCGCUUUGUACAGAUUUGCAAGGAAGAGGACUUUAUGCAACUUUCCCCACAGGAACUGAUCUCAGUUAUUUCAAAUGACAGCUUAAAUGUAGAAAAGGAAGAAGCAGUGUUUGAAGCAGUUAUGAAAUGGAUCCGAACAGACAAAGAAAACAGGGUAAAAAAUCUUGGAGAAGUAUUUGAUUGUAUCCGUUUUCGGCUUAUGACAGAAAAAUAUUUCAAAGAUCAUGUUGAAAAAGAUGAUAUAAUUAAAAGCAAUCCUGACCUUCAGAAAAAAAUCAAAGUUCUAAAAGAUGCUUUUGCAGGAAAACUCCCUGAGCCUAACAAAAAUGCAGAGAAGACUGGUGCCAGUGAAGUGAAUGGUGAUGUGGGUGAUGAAGAUUUGCUUCCUGGGUACCUGAAUGACAUUCCAAGGCAUGGAAUGUUUGUCAAAGAUCUCAUUCUUUUGAUUAACGACACGGCAGCAGUGGCUUAUGAUCCCACAGAAAAUGAAUGUUACCUGGCUGCACUGGCUGAGCAGAUUCCCAGGAACCAUUCCAGCAUAGUCUCCAAACAAAAUCAAGUAUAUGUUGUAGGAGGACUGUAUGUAGAUGAAGAAAACAAGGAUCAGCCUCUACAGUCAUACUUCUUUCAGUUUGAUAAUGUAGCAGCUGAAUGGAUUGGACUUCCUCCUCUUCCAUCAGCCAGGUGUCUCUUUGGUCUGGGAGAAGCAGAUGACAAAAUCUACGUAGUUGCUGGCAAAGAUCUUCAGACAGAGGCUUCACUAGAUUCAGUUUUAUGCUUUGAUCCUGUGGCUAUAAAAUGGAAUGAAGUAAAAAAGCUUCCUAUCAAAGUCUACGGCCAUAAUGUUGUUUCACAUAAUGGAAUGAUAUAUUGUCUAGGAGGAAAGACAGAUGACAAAAAAUGUACAAAUAGAGUAUUUAUUUACAAUUCCAAAAAAGGAGACUGGAAAGAUUUGGCCCCCAUGAAAACUCCUCGUUCCAUGUUUGGAGUGGCAAUCCAUAAAGGCAAAAUUGUGAUUGCAGGAGGUGUCACGGAAGAUGGCCUAUCAGCUUCAGUAGAAGCAUUUGAUCUUACUACCAAUAAGUGGGAAGUGAUGCCUGAAUUCCCCCAAGAAAGAAGUUCUAUCAGUUUAGUCAGUAUGGCUGGAUCUCUUUAUGCCAUUGGUGGGUUUGCUAUGAUUCAACUUGAGUCCCAGGAAUUUGCACCCACUGAAGUCAAUGACAUAUGGAAGUACGAAGAUGAUAAAAAAGAAUGGACUGGGAUGCUGAAGGAGAUUCGUUAUGCCUCAGGAGCUAGUUGCCUGGCAACACGCUUCAAUCUUUUCAAACUGUCUAAAUUAUAGACAAGAAAAGUGACAAAAAUGUAAUAGGUGGGAGUUUAUGAUUAUGGAUUUUUAAUUUGUUGUGUUUUUAAAAGACUGUACAGAAAUUUAUAUAGAAAUCUAUUGUUACAAUGUCACUGUCUGAAAUGUUGGCAACUUUUGUAGAUAAUAAAUCAAAGUAAAUAUAUUCUUAAUGUAAUAAUCAGUCAUCAUAAAGGUUUCUAAAAAGAGAUGAAAGAUGAAAUUCAAUUUAUACAAUCUUGUUGGGUAAUUUGUCUGAUCCAAUUGUCUGUAAAAAGAUACAAAGUUUAAAUUGUCUAUGCCUAUAUAGCUAUCAUUUGCUUAUUAUCUGGCUACUUUUACAUUCGUUUUCAAUUACAAUUGAAGUUGGAGAAUGGACUGCGUGUAUCUUUUUUUUUAACAACAAAAAUUUCUUCCAGAUCAAGUUAAAAAUCAAGUAAAAAACCAUUUCCUCAAUACAUCAAAAUAACAAAUUACUAAUAUUGUGUUUAAUUAAUAAUGCAAAAUUUCAGAAAUAGAUUUAGGAACUAUAGUAAAGGAUAUUUUCAUAAUUUAAUGAAAAAAGUUUUGAAGUAAAAUAGUCACAUUUAAGUGUUCUUUCUUUUCCCUAUUUCUUUUUGCAUGUCUGUGUACCCUGUUCCAAUUUCCAACUUUCUUUGGUUUACCAGUAAACCAGUGAUUUUAUCUUUAAAAAUUCAAAACCAGGAACUCUUAGUCUUGAAGCCCCAAGCAACUAUAGGGAAAUGGGGGGGGGGGGGAAGAGAACCAACAAGGAAACUGAUUUAUUUGUUAACCUACUGAAUGGUGCAUUUCUUGUUGGAUUUUAUCUGAAUGGAAGGUCCCCUGUUUGGAAAUAUAAGGUAAAGAAAGCAGUAAAGAAAAUAAUACUAUGAUCUCUUCACAGAAGCUAUGAAACCUCCAGGAGAGAAAUUAUGUCCAGGUCACUUUUAGUCUUGGACUAUAUGGAGUAUGUACAUUCCUCACUGCAAUACCACACACACAUACAUACAAAUCAUCAAAAGAUAAACACUCUUGCCAUAAUUACUUGUUCAUUUACUCAAUCUUAUGUUGCUCUCCUAGAGAUACUGGACUUCUCUACACAAGCCAUUCAUCAGAAAUCUUGAAACAAUUUUUUGAAUGAGGCUGUGGCUACUUCUGAAAAACUAUCAAAUUUACUUCUUAUUUUAGAGUAAUUCAGUAAUUUCCCCCAAUGAGACAGAAUGCUGACACUUUUUUGUUUAUAAGAUACUGAAAUACUUUUGACUUCAUUUGAUACCUUAGUUUAGUUAUCUAGCAUUUGUCAAUGGUCACAUGUAAGAAAAACAAUGUAAUGUCAAUUUAGGAACAAAUGGAUUAAUUUAACUAGCAUUCACUGUUUCUAUCCAAUAAUAGCCCAUGUGUAAUUUUAAAAGAUUUUUUUGUACUGGCUGCUUUAAAAUCGGAGCAAAAUUAUUUUAAAUGGCAUUAAAAUGGCAUAGUAAUA